CAGAGGCUGGCCAGUUGUUGGUGUAUGAACAGAGCAGUGUGGCAUGCAGGAAAAACUGAAUGUAGUGUAAAUCAGUAUGUCUGUCAGAGGAACGGCCACCCCUCCUGCCAGCGCCCAUGGACGACGCCCAGGAACUACACAAAGCCAGUAAGAAGAAAUAAAACCGACGGACGAGGCUCUGUUCCCUCGGUUACUCGCUGGACCGUUCACCUAUGAUGGAAAGGGCGAUGGAGCAGCUCAACGUACAGCUCAGUCGGCUGACCCGUUCCCUCCGCCGGGCCAGGACCGUAGAACUCCCGGAAGACAAUGAGACUGCAGUGUACACACUUAUGCCAAUGGUCAUGGCUGACCAGCACAGGUCAGUGUCAGAGCUGCUGCUCAACUCUAAGUUCGAUGUGAACUACGCCUUCGGACGGGUGAAGAGAAGUCUGCUGCACAUCGCUGCCAACUGUGGCUCAGUGGAGUGUCUGGUUCUGCUGCUGAAGAGAGGUGCCAACCCAAACUACCAGGACAUCUCCGGCUGUACCCCUCUGCACCUCGCUGCUAGGAACGGACAGAAAAAGUGCAUGGGCAAACUGUUGGAAUACAAUGCUGAUGUCAACAUCUGCAACAAUGAGGGGCUGACCGCUAUCCACUGGUUGGCAGUGAACGGGCGGACGGAGCUCCUCCACGAUCUGGUCCAGCAUGUUACCAACGUGGAUGUGGAGGAUGCCAUGGGGCAGACAGCUCUACAUGUAGCCUGUCAGAACGGACACAAAACUACGGUGUCGUGUCUUCUGGACAGUGGAGCUGACAUCAACCGACCAAACGUCUCUGGAGCCACGCCUCUUUACUUUGCCUGCAGCCAUGGCCAAAGAGACACAGCACAGAUCCUGCUGUCUCGAGGUGCCAAAUACCUUGCUGACAAGAAUGGAAUCACUCCUAUGGAUCUCUGUGUACAGGGUGGAUAUGGGGAAACAUGUGAAAUCCUCAUCCAGCAUCACAGCAGACUGUUCCAGACCCUCAUCCAGAUGACCCAGAAUGAUGAUCUUAAAGAGAACAUGCUCAGGCAGGUUCUGGAGCAUGUCUCUCAGCAGAGUGACAGUCACUACCAGAGGAUCUUGAUCAGUCUGGCUGAAGUGGCUACCACUAAUGGACACAAGCUUCUCAGCCUGUCCAGCAGCUACGAAGCUCAGAUGAAGAGUCUGCUGAGAAUCAUUCGUAUUUUCUGCCACGUGUUCCGCUUGGGGCCUUCAUCACCCAACAACGGCAAUGAUAUGGGCUAUAACGGCAACAAGACACCUCGCAGCCAGGUCUUUAAGCCAUUGGAGCUGCUGUGGCACUCCCUGGAUGAGUGGCUGGUGCUCAUCUCCACCGAGCUGGACAGGAACAGGAAGAACCCGUCCUCCUCCUCCUCCAGCAGCGAGAUAGCCUCCCUGCUUCUCAAACAGCGGGAGGUCGACCACUCCGGCUCCACGCCAAAGCUCCCCUCCCUGCUGGACCCUCAGAUCGUCAUGGAAACAGAGGCAUACGCCGACGGGGAGGACGUCAUCUCCAUGACAGCCAAUCGUCUCAGUGCCGUCAUCCAGGCAUUCUAUAUGUGCUGCUCCUGUCAGAUGCCACAAGGAAUGACGUCCCCACGCUUCAUUGAGUUUGUCUGCAAGCAUGACGAGGUGCUCAAGUGUUUUGUAACCAGGAAUCCAAAGAUCAUCUUUAACCACUUCCACUUCCUCCUGGAGUGUCCAGAGUUGAUGUCACGCUUCAUGCAUAUUAUUAAGGGCCAGACCUCCCAUAUUCAGGAGUGCUGUGAGAUGGUAUCCAAGUCCACCAUGAGAAACUUAAACAGGGCAUCGCUGUUCGUUUCCAUGGCGAGGAGGGGAUGGCCAGGGUACCACUUUCAGCCCAACAGUAACUCUCCAGUGAACCCGGACCACCUGAACUACUUCCAGUUUGCAGGUCACAUCCUGGGUCUGGCUCUGUAACACCGACAGCUGGUAACAUCUACUUCACCCGUCCUUCUAUCAACACAUAUGGGCAUCCCGGUGAACUAUCAGGACGUGUCGUCCAUCGACCCAGAGUAUGCCAAGAACCUGCAGUGGAUCCUGGACAACGACAUCAGUGAUCUGGGUCUGGAGCUCACCUUCUCUGUAGAGACUGACGUGUUCGGGGCGAUGGAGGAAGUGCCGCUAAAACCCGGAGGUACCAGCAUCCUGGUCACCCAGGACAACAAGGCCGAGUACGUCCAGCUGGUGACGGAGCUGAGGAUGACGCGAGCCAUCCAGCCUCAGAUAAACGCCUUCCUUCAAGGAUUCCACACCUUCAUCCCCGCCUCACUCAUCCAGCUUUUCGACGAAUACGAAUUGGAGCUCCUGCUGUCAGGGAUGCCAGAGAUCGAUGUGCAGGAUUGGUGCAGGAACACUGAGUACACCAGUGGCUACGACCCUCAGGAGCCAGUCAUCCAGUGGUUCUGGGAGGUGGUGAAGAGCCUGACCCAGGAGGAACGGGUUCUUCUGCUUCAGUUUGUCACUGGAAGUUCCAGGGUUCCUCAUGGUGGCUUUGCCUACCUGAUGGGUGGCAGCGGUUUACAAAAGUUCACCAUUGCUGCAGUGCCAUACACCUCCAACCUACUGCCUACCUCUAGUACCUGCAUCAACAUGCUGAAGCUCCCAGAAUACCCGAGCCAGGAGGUCCUGAGAGACCGGCUGCUGGUAGCGCUGCAUUGUGGGAGUUACGGGUACACCAUGGCGUGAACAUUGUAUCAGUUCCCGCUGCUGUGAGCAGGCCGCAGACUCAUGCAACACUCUAACCUCCUCCACAGACACUGUUUUUGUAGUCAGGCGCUGCUUUUGCUGGACAAAAAAAGGGAAAUCCAGAUUGUUAUUAAGGAGCUGCUGGAGAGGCACAACAGACUGAACGGAGAUCACAGCUUCUGGAUCUCCACUUGCUCCUGCACCAGAGCUUCAUUUUUGUCUAUUGAAGCCGGUGUCUGGUAAUUUAUGCAAAUAAUUUAAUAUCUUUAAAUUCUACUAUUUUCAUGCAUACCUUGAUUUAAGAAAAAAAAAAGCAUUUAUACCAUGAAUUCUCUACUUAAAACACAGAAUUAUAAUCACAUUAAACAUUCAUGCAAGCUGACUGAAUGUCAAAUAUUGACUGCAUGGAACCACUGUAGAAUUGAUCCUUUUAAAACGUGCAAUCAAUCAAACUGCGUAUCACAUCCAUAUCACAGGUUCACAGUGCGGAUUUAUUUAAAGGGCCAGCCUCAAGCCUGCGUACUGGCAAACUGGUAUAAUAGAACAAAUCAACAUUUUGUUUUUUGUGUCUCCAUUUCAUUAUUUUAACACUUCUUGUCUUUUGAGCCAGUAGCUCUUCUCUGAACUUCCAAAACCAUCAGGGCUAAUAUAUUAUCACCACAUUUAAGAUUCCAGUGCCAAUAUCAUACCUGAUUGUUUUAUACAUUAUUGCACUGUGAAGACACCAAAACCUUUUAUUUUGUUUAGUAAAAUAAGCUUAACUUCUCAGAUUCCCCUUCUCAGAUUUAAAAUACACUUGCACUAUAUGGCCAAAAGUAUAUGGACAAAUUCCAGCCUAGUGAGAGUUGAUCAUGUCAUUCCGUGGACAUUAAUGUGCUGGUAGAACAUUGGUCCAAUCUUCUGGUUUCAGGGGUCCCACCAGAUGAUGAACCCCGCUGUAGAGAUUUGGCCCCAUUUAGAUACAAGGGCAUUAGGGAGGUCCAGUGCUGAAUGCCCGGUUCAUCCCUAAGGUGUUCGAAUGGGUUGAGGUCAAGCUUCUGUGGAGGCUGGUCUCCCACACCAAACUGGGAAAACCAUUUCUUUAUGGGGCUAGCUUUGUUUAUGUCGAAAGUGGAAAGGGACAAACACGAACUGCUGACACAAAGUUGGAAUAUUAUUGUCUGUAAUAUCAUUGUAUGUUGUGGUAUUAUGAUUUUUUCUUAUAAUUAUUAUUAUAUUAUUAUAAUUAUGAUUAAUCAAGAACGACUGAAAAACCCAUCACAUGUUCAAGCCCAAGGUCCUGUCUUGUCCAAAGUCCAAAAGCCAAUCAGCACAGUCCAGCAGCCAGAACCAGCGACUGUUUUUGUUUUGGCCCUGCAAAAUAGGAAAUGUAAUAAAUUCUGUAGAUGUAGAUGUACCCAAGCACAUUUUGCCAACAGUGCGCACUUUAAUGUUCCCAGUCCUGUUCUUACAGCAGACUGAAGAUCUGGCAACCCGUACUGUAUCAGUUUGCUCAGACACAAAUGGAUGUUUUGCUAUGAAUUUAAGUUGAAAUGAUUUUUUUGUGCGUGUGAGGAAAUAUAAACUUUAAUGAAACUGCUGCCAUUGUGCGAAAGAGGAUGAUGUUUUUUGACAUAUUCUUUGAAAUGACGGCUAAGGCUCGAGCUAGAAGACAACUUGUGGUACACUGCUGUCUUUUUUUACCUUGUCCUUUCUUUUGUUUUUUACAUGGUGUAGGUAUCAACCAAGCUGUGUGUCCCUUUACAACAUUCAACAUUUGGGAGGAUUCAAUUAGCAUAGCAUGGAAGCUAGUUAGCCUAGCUUUAGCACUGACUCCCACUGCACGUUACUUUUUGAUGAGGUUAUUUAAAUGCCUGCUGAGUCAUUGGCAGCUGCUGCACACUCACUGCUGUUAGUCCUGCGUUAUAGAAAGGAAGCUGUCAGCUAGCAUUAGCUGUCUCUCUUGAGGUCCAGAUGUAGUGACGGAAAAUAACCAGACCAGUUACUCUGUGAGCGCAAAUCUGGCUGCCAUUAAGGACACUUGAGGUCAUAUACUUUGUAUUUUGGGGAGAAUUUGGGUUAAUUAAAAACUAACACAGGAGGGGUCCUAUACACUGUAGGUUGGUCCCAGUGUUUGUAGUCUGAAUAUGUUUAAAUUUGGCUAAUUUUAGAUGAACAAAAGAGGAUUUAGUAUUUCUCCACCAGAAUUUCAGUCCUGUAUGGCAGUGUAUUGCUGCCACGCUGUCAUAUAAUGUGAAAAGUUUAUUCUUAUAACAAGAUAUUUUUUAAUGUUAUUAUGACACACAUUAUUACAACACGUUAUGACUUAUAUUGUUAUAAUGUUGCAUUAUAACAAUAUAAGUUAACAAGUUUAACAAGGUGUUUUCAUGUUAUUACGAGAAUUAAUAUUAUUAUGGAGUGGCACCAAAAUGUUUCCGUAGUCCCGUGUGUGGAGACCUUCAUGUUCAUAAACUGACAGAAAAUAUAAACGAACAAAAUAAAUCAGAUGAGUUGGGGAGGUGGUGUUGGAUUCAUGACCUUUAUAUUUCUAAAACCAUGACGGUCCUGUGGCUGCCCACACAGAUGCACCAAUCAAAUUACAGCUGGUGACUGUAGAGAGGGUGCUAAUACUGCAGAAAAAUAGGUUACAAUAAUUACAAUUUUGACCAAAUAAGAAAAUGUUAAAAUGAAUGCAAUAGAUGAGAUGAGUUGUAAUUUGAUUUGGACUUUUCUAGGACUGCUGGUGGAAUGUGUAUUAGCAGAAGAGAAACUGCAGACUAACAUCGACGUAGGUAUUGGACGUACUGUAUGGCCGAGCUGUUUUCCAUUGUGGCUGCAUGAACGCGCCCGUUCAUCCCUGUAGCAUAAAGUGCAUGUGUCAUGUGGUUUACUGUGUGAAAGUCAUUUAUGGAGUAUUUUGCUGUGAUCUGUAUUUGUGCUUCAUGAAUGAAUAGCAGUCUCCUUUACUGAUACUGAUUGUCCCGUUAAGCACACCUUCAUAAGGAGCAAUACGAGAUAUCUACAUGACAAAUAUUUGGCUCGCAGUGCCAAAAGAUAAAAGCUGGAAUCCUUUUACAGACAUUCUUUUCUUUUUCUUUUUGCCUACACACGCAUGCUGAAAACCUUUUUUUAUUCUAAAAGAGAGAAAUUUCUCUUCUUUCCAUUUGUAAAGGGAGAGUACAUAUUUAUUAUCUAUCCGUAUUGUUUUGAAUGCCUCGCCUGAAAUGCUUUUGUAAACUGAUGUUAAUGUUGAAAAUGGAGCCUUUAUACAUAUUUCUGUAAAUGUUCAAUUCAGUAUCAAAUGAUGUAUUUUACCAUAAAUAUAUGUUGUGCUUUCAGAUUUUGUCCAAUAAAACUUGUUUUGACAAUC